AUGCCGACUCUGAAAGAUCUUGUUUGCCACGUGCAAUGGGCAGAUACAGGGUCUCCAUUUCCAGAAUAUGGCACGGUCUACGGAGACGGUGUUGUUGAGGCCUACAUUGCUAUCCCUACUCAUCCUCAGGUCUUUACCAUUCGACUCACCUCACGAAAGUUCAUUUAUGACGGGUUGGCGAUGGUAGUUUUCAUUGAUGGAAACUACCAAUGCAAUCGUAAUAGAGUCAACCUACAGCCUGCAAAGAAAAACUUGCCUGAAAUCAGAACAAAUAUUGACUUUCUAGUGAGACAAAAAGAGAAACCAAUGGGUGACGGGACGUACAUGGGUCGGCAGUGGCGCUUCGACGAUUGCAAUCUUGGUGAGUCCAUUUUGGAGGAAGCAAGUUCGAAGCUAAUGCUUCGUUACCAGUCUCAGAACUCCCCCAGGGCGUUGAUGAGUGCCACUUCGAUGAUCUGGGAACGAUCGAAGUCUUGGUCUUGCGAUGCCAUAGCAACAAUCGUGAAGAUAGUCAAUGCUCGACGACCUCUUCAGGUGAGCACAGCGGGAUCAUGGAUGACGAAGAGGAUGCUAGAGAAGGGCCGGAAGAACCUGGUCCUGACGGCAAUUCAAACACCGAAAAUCACUCUACAAAAGCUGAACAUCCUCACCCUGAACCACAGGACGCCUUCGGUGGGCUUUUUGCCCUAUUCGAUGGACCUGCCGACGGGUGGUCUUGCUUCGCUGGCAAUCCAGGAGAUGCCCUGUCAGAUGGGUAUUCUCGAUGGCAUUGGCAAGCACAUGCUGGACACCCUGCUCCUUAUGGCCCGCAGGAAAGACCACAACACCCGUCGGAUUAUCGUCUACCUUCUGGGCAUUAUGAAGAACCACGACGAACAGGGUACACCUAUCAUGACUCUCCGCCCUCUUCUACAUAUGCACCCCCGGCGAAUCCGCCUCCUCCGGGUCUCAGACCAGAGAGGCAUGUUCACUUCGACUACGGUGACGGGAGAGGGCCGCAGUCCAGUAGCUAUCAUACAAGAUACGACCACCAACCCCAUCACACUUGGGAGCGACAUGAUCAACAUGCAUACUCCCACCCUAGUCCCCGUUACUAUCGCCCGGAAUACGAUAGACAUCGCAAUCCUUACGCCGACUAUCCUGUUCCUCCUGAAGGCGGGCAUUACAUGUACAAUCCUGAUCGGAAAGUCUACCGGCCAUACCCUGAGCCGAACCAAGUCCACGAAAGCUCUCAGCCACGUCCUCCUCUGGACCGUCACCCUACGCAACAUUCAUACUAUCGGCCACCUAUUCAAGGGCCUAUACCUGAGACUCAGCAAACACACGGGCCUCCAACAUUUGGCGGCUCUCAAGCGAAUUUUCCGAACGCUGUUCCGUCAGUAA